AUGCCGAAGCCUGCGCGCGCUGAGAUCAGCGCGCCCAGGCUUCGCGGACCUCUCCGCGAGCAGCGGCAGCGCUGCCGCUGCUUGCGGAGAGUUGCCGGCAUGCCGAAGCCUGCGCGCGCUGAGAUCAGCGCGCCCAGGCUUCGCGGACAUCUCCGCGAGCAGCGGCAGCGCUGCCGCUGCUUGCGGAGAGUUGCCGGCAUGCCGAAGCCUGCGCGCGCUGAGAUCAGCGCGCCCAGGCUCCGCGGACCUCUCCGCGAGCAGCGGCAGCGCUGCCGCUGCUUGCGGAGA